AUGCCUCUCGACCACUUCUCCGUCAUCGUGCCCGCUGCGAAGCUGGAUGGCAUGGUGGAGUUCCUGAUUAGCUCGUUGGGGCAUUUGGGGUUUAAGGAGCAUAUGCGCCCCAUCCCCACCGUCAUCGGAAUGGGCGAUGCCAUGCCAUUCCUCUGGCUCUAUGGCGCCGAAGCCGCAGAGGGGGAUGUGGCUACUACGCAGGAGAAGCUGAUUAAGAUGCAGCAUAUUGCGUUUACGGCGGAGAACGCUGAACAAGUCCGCGCAUACCACGCCGCUGCUUUGAAGGCGGGCGGGACUUGCAAUGGCGCGCCUGGUCCGAGACCGCAGUAUCAUCCCGGGUAUUAUGGGGCGUUUGUGUUGGAUCCCGUGUGUGGUAUUAAUGUUGAGGUGGUUUGUCACAGUUGUGUGGGUGAGGCUUGA